GAAGUGAUCUUCAAAACAAAAGUUUUCGGGUCGAAGCUGAGUAGUUCGAAUGUUCAUUUUGGCUUGUACAAUUGUUAUUUUGUUAUUUUAGUGCGUGUAUUUACAUUGAAGAAGUUAAAAAAUAACAAGCACACCAAAAUGGACGAUAAAUUACGUCAAAUGGAAGAUGAGAUGAAUAGAUUUGAGGCUGAGAUUGGUAGUCAAUUGGUUACACCAAUGGUCAGGCCAGUAAUUGGUGCGAAUACUUACAAUCAAGUGGCUAGACAGUUGGAGCAGCAUGAACUUCCAACACCGGUUGUUGCAGCAGCAGCAGCUAGUUUAGCUUUUCCUCCGAUAAUUGGAUUUCCACCACCGCCACCACCACCACCUCCUCCACCUCCACCGCCGCCAAUGUUAAUUCCACAACAAGUAGCAAGACAAGGUGCUGUCCCCUCUAUUACGACGUAUUCAUCGCCUGCGCAAAUAAGUAAUCCAUACUUACCAAACAUGGUGGACCCUUGUUUAAGUGCUACUCCAAAAACUUAUGAAUCUACGUCGACACCAAUGAUUCAUCCCGAAAUUAUUGAACAGAUUAUCAAUACAAAGAUUCCAGAAGAUGACACUAAAAAGAAACCCAAGGUGAAAGGUGUUAGUACUGCAGCAGAAUUAGCUAUUAGCCAAGGUAAAGCAAGUUCUACUAUGGCUAAUGCUAGUGCUGAAGAGACUCAUCCCAAGGGUAAAGGAAAGAAAAAUAAGAAGAUUGUACGAAUGGCUGGUGGACAAAUAUGGGAGGAUCCUUCUCUGCUAGAAUGGGAUGACGAUGAUUUCAGAAUAUUUUGCGGAGAUUUGGGAAACGACGUCACGGAUGAAAUGUUGGUGAGAGUCUUUGGAAAGUAUCCAAGCUUUCAAAAAGCAAAAGUAGUUAGAGACAAAAGAACAAACAAAACGAAAGGAUUUGGAUUUGUAUCGUUCAAAGACCCACAAGACUUCAUCAAAGCAAUGAAAGAAAUGAAUGGUAAGUUAAAUAAUUUCUUAUUAUAA